GAGGAGAUACAGCUCAUGGUUCAGAUUUCGAGAAUCUGGACUUUUUAAAACUUCAAAAUGGCUGAGAUUGCUUUAAAGAAAACUGAGCGUCAUGAUUCCAUCAACCAGGAGAGAUUUACCUGUUUUAAAAAAGAAGAAUUUGAAGUAAACUGGGAGAAAGUGUCUGAAAGCAAGUUCAGCUGCGUGUACCAAGUCAAGCUCAAGCUGUGGCGGGAGAAGUGUGCCAUUAAGACUUUUACUACCACCAGUGAUUACAGGAACAUGGUACAGGUUUCCAAAAUAGGAAAGAUUAAGUUUAAAUACUUGAUGACUAUUUACGGGCUGUGCAAAGACUCGUCCGCAGUGGUGAUGGAGUACAUGAGCAGAGGAUCCCUGGAUAAUCUUCUCACAACUCAUAAUCUUAUGUGGCCAAAGAAGUUCCAAAUGAUUCAUGAGGUGACCAUGGGCAUGAACUUCCUGCACAGCAUGAAGCCACCUCUUCUGCAUCUGAAUCUGAAGCUGGCCAACAUCCUUCUUGAUGAUCAUCUCCAUGUUAAGAUUUCAGAUUUUGGGAUAAUUAAAUGGGAUGACUCUUGUAGCAAGAUGCCCUUCCUUGAGCAUUUGGCGUUGAGGGGGAACGUUAGUUAUGUACCUCCAGAGAUUGUCAGCCAGAACCCUGAACCUCCUACUUCUAAGUAUGAUGUAUACAGCUUCGCCAUCGUGAUAUGGGAGAUUCUGACCCAGAAGAGGCCGUACUCUGGAAUGAAUAUGAGUGAAAUAUUGAUCAGAGUGACCUCUGGCAAAAGGCCCAGUGUGGAAAAGGUCCCGGAUGACAAGCCUCCUGAGUGUGAGGAGAUGAUCAGCAUAAUGCAACAAUGCUGGCAUCAAGACUCGAGCGAACGGCCAGCCUUUUCUGAGACGGUGUGGAUGACUGAAGCUCUAAGUGAUGUUCUGAAGCUCCCGGACAAGAUUCCAGGCAAGGACAUGAAGAUAUCACGUAAAAUCGAAAAGUCACUGCCAGUCUUCCAGAAAGGAGACUCCACUGAAACACCCGAUGAACUUUUAGAUAAAGACAUCAUCUAUUAUUUGAAACGCAAGGACUUUGAAACCUUCAAGAAUCUGUUAAAGAAGGAGCAUGUCUCAAUGCUCUUCAAACACAACAACUCGCUUCUUCAUCAUGCAGUUGUUAGCGGCAACGCUGAAAUCGUGAGGCUGGUGUUAAAUCAUGGGGCGUCAAUUAACUGCCAGAGUGCUAAUGGAUACACACCACUUGUUGUCGCACUGCUGAAGAAGUUUCACGAGAUCUGCGGCCUGCUUGUGGAAAGCGGUGCUAACGUCAACCUUGCCGACCAGGACAAGUGGACGCCGCUGCAUUUCACCUCACAAAACGGAGAUGACCGGGCUGUCCGCCUCUUACUGGAUGCCAAAGCCGUAGCUGAUGUGAAAGACAAAGAUGGAUGGAGGCCUCUUCACCUUGCUGCUCAAAAUGGUCAUGAGAAUGUUGUGCGCCUUCUUCUCUCUCGCUUGAGCAAUGUAGACAAACAAGAAGAAAAAUCUGGAAGGACAGCACUCCACAUAGCAUGUGAGUAUGGUCACUUGAAAAUAGCCAAAAUCUUACUGAGUAAAGGAGCUGACCCAAACAAAACAGAUCAUUCUCAAGCCACUGCGCUGCACCUAGCAGUCGAGCAGGGCUACUUUAGAGUGGCACGGCUGCUGGUGACCAACAGAGCAGAUGUGAAAUGCAAAGACAAGCGUAGUUACAGCGCUCUGCACUUCGCAGCCCUACGAGGAUGCACCGGCAUCUGCAGGCUUCUGUUGGGUCAUGGUGAACACGUUGAUGUCAGGACAUGGCAGAAUUGGACACCCAUGCACCUGGCGGCCCUCAAGGGACACUCAGAGACACUGCUGGUUCUGGAAGAGAAUGGUGGAUCUGUGGACGGACAAGGUGAUGGAGGGUGGACGCCCCUGCACCUCGCAUGCAAGCACCAACACGAUGAAGUCGUCUCUGUGUUGAUAAACGCUGGGGCCGACCCAAAUAUAGUUGUGGAUGGAGGUUGGACGCCGCUGCACUUGGCAUGCCACAAUAGUGGCUUUGCCAAUGUACUCUUGCUUAUAGCUGGGCACGCCAAAGUCAACGUGCAAAACAGCAACAAGGACACACCACUGCAUCUGGCUGUGCAGUCAGGCAGUGCCCCGAUUGUCAAAGCCCUGCUGAUGAAUAAUGCAGAUAAACACAUAAUCAACUGCAAAGGAUAUACAGCAUUAGAUUUGGCUCAGAAGGGAAAUAAUGAGGAGAUAAUGCAGGCGCUGAAGCAGUAGAAGACUGGCCGAGACAAGGUGACUAGGAUUAAGACAUUCAAAUUCACACUUAAUGGCAAAUAACAACAGGCAGAGGAAGAGGAGGAAGAGCUGCAUUGAUCAGGUUUAUUGAUUAUGUCGCUCUGCAUCUGUUUUUUUUCGUUAAAAGUGUUCCUAUUGAUUUGGCUCAGGGGCAUUUUCAUAAUGUGAAAGGCCUUACUCAGGUAUUGGUCACCCGUUACGGUGAAUGGCUUCUUCUGUGAGUGCAUCCUCUGGUAAUAGUUGAUUUAUAGUUCAGAGCACUUUUGUAGUGUCGUGAUUGUAUACACUACUAUCCAUGGAAUCUCUCCUUCAGUGAUAAAGAAUGAAGGUAAUUUUCUGACAUUCCAUUCCUUCCAACUACUCACAUAACACAGAUUCACAACUGCUCGUACUGCAUUCUUCCCUCUUCUACUUUGCAUUAUACAAAGAGCCAUUCAUUCUGUGUGUGUUUAUUUUCCUGAGAAGCUUGUAGACUUGAAAAAGCACAGGUUAAACAAACACUAGUAAAAAACCAACAGAUUCAAAUGAACCUUACCGAUGUGUGAUUUGAUUUUAAUUAUAUAAUACAAUAUAAAGACUUACCCCUUUUUAACCUUU